UGUGCCAGCAGUAGUUCUGUGCUGCUUGAUGUCUUCAACGGAGGCAGACAGCAAGCCAAGCUUUAUGAAAGCUCCCGAAGAUCAGAUUGGGAUUUCUGGAGGAGUGGCCUCCUUUGUGUGCCAGGCAACAGGGGAGCCCAAGCCUCGCAUCACAUGGAUGAAGAAGGGGAAGAAGGUCAGCUCCCAGCGGUUUGAGGUUAUUGAGUUUGAUGAUGGGUCAGGAUCAGUUCUCCGGAUUCAACCCCUGCGUGUUCAUCGAGAUGAAGCAAUCUAUGAGUGCACCGCAACCAACAGUGUUGGGGAGAUAAACACCAGUGCCAAAUUAACAGUGUUAGAAGAAGAUCACCUCCCAUCUGGCUUUCCAACCAUUGACAUGGGCCCGCAGCUGAAGGUGGUAGAAAAGGCCCGCACAGCCACUAUGCUCUGCGCUGCCAGUGGCAACCCCGAUCCUGAAAUCUCUUGGUUCAAGGACUUCCUUCCUGUGGAUACAGCAGCUAGCAAUGGGCGAAUCAAGCAGCUCCGUUCAGGUGGUACACCAAUCAGAGGGGCUCUGCAAGUAGAGAACAGUGAGGAGUCAGACCAAGGCAAAUAUGAAUGUGUUGCAACCAACAGUGCAGGAACCCGCUACUCUGCUCCGGCUAACCUUUACGUUCGAGAUCAGCGAGAAGUGCGGCGUGUCGCACCUCGAUUCUCGAUCCCUCCCAGCAACCAUGAGGUGAUGCCUGGGGGGAGUGUGAACCUCACGUGUGUGGCAGUGGGCGCACCAAUGCCCUAUGUGAAGUGGAUGGCUGGCGUGGAGGAACUGACCAAAGAAGAUGAGAUGCCUGUCGGCAGGAAUGUCCUGGAGCUGAACAACAUUGUGCAGUCUGCCAGCUACACCUGCGUGGCCAUGUCCUCUCUAGGCAUGAUCGAAGCCACGGCCCAGAUCACUGUCAAAGCGCUGCCGAAGCCACCGACGGAGCCACUAGUGACUGAGACAACAGCCACCAGCGUGACCCUCACCUGGGACUCUGGCAACUCCGACCCCAUCUCUUACUACGUCAUCCAGUACAAGCCCAAGUCCUGGGAGGGCCCGUUUCAGGAGGUGGACGGCGUAGCGACAACCCGCUAUAGCAUCGGUGGCCUCAGCCCGUUCUCGGAGUACGAGUUCCGCAUCAUUGCCGUCAAUAAUAUCGGGCGGGGGCCUCCGAGCGACCUAGUGGAGGCCCGGACCGGAGAGCAGGCUCCUUCCAGCCCGCCCCUGAAGGUCCAGGCGCGGAUGCUGAGCGCCAGCACCAUGCUUGUGCAGUGGGAGCAGCCGGAGGAGCCCAACGGACAGAUCCGAGGGUACCGGGUUUACUACACUACGGACCCCCAUCUGCCUCUGAGCAUGUGGCAGAAACACAACACAGACGACAGUCACCUCACCACUGUGGGCAGCCUGAUCACAGGGACCACCUACAGCAUCCGUGUCUUGGCCUUCACCUCCGUGGGAGAUGGGCCUCCCUCGGACAUCAUCCAGGUCAAAACUCAGCAAGGGGUUCCAGCCCAACCAGCUGAUUUCCAGGCAGAGGCAGAGUCUGAUACCCGGAUCCUGCUGACGUGGCUCCCAGCCUCACAGGAACGCAUUACAAAAUACGAGCUGCUGUACUGGGAAGGAGAGGAUGGGAGUCAGCGCAAGGUGAACUUUGACCCAAGCUCAUCGUACGCGGUGGAAGGUCUCAAGCCUGACACGCUGUACAAGUUCCAGCUGGGAGCCCGUUCGGAGCUGGGGCUGGGGGUGUACACCCCAGUUCUAGAAGCCAGAACUGCCCAAUCCACCCCUUCCGCCCCACCCCAAGAAGUCGAGUGUGUAAGCACCAGCUCCACUACCAUCCGGGUAAGUUGGGUGCCACCGCCUGCUCAGAGCCGCAAUGGGGUCAUCACGCAGUACUCCAUUGCCUACCAGGCGGUGGACGCAGAGGACGGCGCCAAGCACGUAGUGGAUGGAAUUGGACGGGAGCGCUCCAGCUGGGAGAUCAAGGACCUGGAGAAAUGGACAGAGUACAAGGUGUGGGUACGGGCCCACACAGAUGUGGGGCCUGGACCAGAGAGCUCCCCGGUGCAUGUGCGCACUGAUGAGGACGUGCCCAGCGCCCCACCACGAAAGGUGGAGGUGGAGUCUGUGAAUUCAACAGCCAUCCGGGUCAGCUGGAAACUGCCACUCUCCAACAAGCAGCAUGGACAGAUCCGGGGAUACCAGGUCACUUAUGUGAGGCUGGAAAACAAUGAACCGCGAGGGCAGCCUGUUAUCAAAGAUGUCAUGUUAGCAGAGGCCCAGUGGAGGGCUGAGGACUCCAUCGACCAUGAAACCAUCAUCGGAGGCCUUCUACCUGAAACCACCUAUUCCGUCACCGUCGCAGCCUACACCACCAAAGGAGAUGGUGCACGCAGCAAACCCAAAGUCGUCACUACGACGGGGGCGGUCCCAGGCAAGCCCUCCAUGCUGAUUAGCACAACAGCCAUGAACACCGCUCUCAUCCAGUGGCACCCCCCAAAGGAGAUGGUCGGGGAGCUGCUGGGGUACCGGCUGCAGUACAAACGCACCGACGAGGAGAAGAUGAACAUCAUGGACUUUGAGAAAAACGUCCAUCACUACACUGUGACCAGCCUGCACAAAGGUGCCACCUACAUCUUCAAGCUGUCUGCCAAGAACAGAGCCGGUCCAGGGGAGGAGUUCGAGAAGGAGAUCACCACGACCGAGGACGUGCCCAGCGGCUUCCCGCAGAACCUGCGUGUGGUGGGGCUCACCACCUCCACCACAGAGGUGGCCUGGGACCCCCCAGUGCUGGCGGAACGAAAUGGGAGAAUUACCAACUACACAGUUAUGUACAGAGAUAUCAACAGCCAGCAGGAGCUGACCAACGUCACCAAGGAGACGAGCAUCAUGCUGACCAACCUCAGACCUGACACCACCUAUGACAUCAAAGUGAGGGCCUGCACCAGCAAGGGGGUGGGGCCGCUCAGCCCCAGCAUCCAAUCCCGGACCAUGCCUGUUGAGCAAGUGUUUGCUAAGAACUUUCGGGUCAGCGCCGUGAUGAAAACGUCCGUGUUGCUGAGCUGGGAAGUGCCUGACUCCUACAAGUCUGCGGUGCCUUUCAAGAUCCUGUACAACAGCCAGAGUGUGGAGGUGGACGGCCAUUCGAUGAAGAAGCUCAUAAGCGACCUUCAGCCGGAUACAGAGUAUUCCUUUGUGCUAAUGAACCGCGGCAGCAGCGCUGGUGGGCUCCAGCACCGGGUAUCUAUCCACACGGCUCCUGAUGUCUUGCAGAGCAAACCCAUCUCCACAAACAAAUACAUGCAGGAAGGAAAGUUCACCCUCACCCUUCCCAAAGUCCAGAUCUCAGCGCCAGUUAGGUGGUACUAUAUUGUGGUUGUGCCAGUAGAUCAAACCACCAGCAGCCGCACGGCCAGGUGGCGGACGCCUGAUGAGAUGGAGCUGGACCAGUUACUGGAGGCCAUCAGCCAGGGCGGCCUGGGCAGGCGCCAGCGGCGUCAGGCAGACAGGCUGAAGCCCUAUAUCGCUGCUCAAGUGGACAUGUUGCCAGAGACCUUCACCUUGGGAGAUGAGAAGACCUACAAGGGCUUCUACAACAAGCCGCUCUCUGAGGAUCUGAGCUAUCGCUGCUUUGUGCUGGCGUCGCUGGAGGACGGCGAGACGAAGAGGUACGCAGCCAGCCCCUACUCGGAUGAGAUUGUGAUGUCUUCGGCGAAGCAGCAGGACGAGCCCGAGAUGCUGUGGGUGAUGGGACCGGUGCUGGCCGUUAUAUUAAUCAUCAUCAUCGUCAUUGCUAUCCUGCUCUUCAAAAGGAAAAGAGCCAACUCCCCCUCGUCCAAGGACGAGCACUCCAUCGGCCUCAAGGACUCCCUGCUGGCUCAUUCCUCCGACCCUGUCGAGAUGAGGCGCCUCAACUACCAGACCCCAGGUAUGCGAGACCACCCGCCGAUCCCGGUGACGGAUCUCGCUGACAACAUCGACAGGCUGAAGGCCAACGACGGGCUGAGGUUCUCCCAGGAGUACGAGUCCAUCGAUCCAGGGCAGCAGUUCACCUGGGAGAACUCCAACCUGGAAGUGAAUAAACCAAAAAACCGCUAUGCAAACGUGAUUGCCUACGACCACUCGCGUGUCAUCCUGACCUCUGUCGAUGGGGUGCCCGGCAGUGACUACAUCAACGCGAACUACAUCGAUGGGUACCGGAAGCAGAAUGCGUACAUCGCUACCCAGGGGCCCCUGCCAGAGACGCUCAGCGACUUCUGGAGGAUGGUGUGGGAGCAGAGGACAGCGACCAUAGUCAUGAUGACCCGGCUGGAGGAGAAAUCCAGGGUGAAGUGUGACCAGUACUGGCCAGGCCGGGGCACAGAGACCUACGGGCUGAUUCAGGUGACCCUGCUGGACACCGUCGAGCUGGCUACCUACACCGUCCGGACGUUUGCACUCUACAAGAACGGCUCCAGUGAGAAGCGAGAGUUACGCCAGUUCCAGUUCAUGGCGUGGCCGGACCAUGGGGUGCCGGAGUACCCCACCCCCAUCCUCGCCUUCCUGCGCCGGGUGAAAGCCUGUAACCCCCUUGAUGCUGGGCCCAUGGUUGUCCAUUGCAGCGCUGGCGUGGGCAGGACGGGCUGCUUCAUUGUCAUCGAUGCCAUGCUGGAGAGGAUGAAGCAUGAGAAGACGGUCGACAUCUAUGGCCACGUGACGUGCAUGAGAUCUCAGCGUAACUACAUGGUGCAGACCGAGGACCAAUACAUCUUCAUCCACGAGUCCUUGCUGGAGGCAGCCACCUGCGGCAACACCGAAGUGCCCGCCCGCAACCUCUUUGCUCACCUCCAGAAGCUGAGCCAGGUGCCCCCGGGCGAGAGCGUCACUGCAAUGGAGCUGGAAUUCAAGCUCCUGGCCAACUCCAAAGCACAUACCUCGCGGUUCAUCAGUGCCAACCUACCAUGCAACAAAUUUAAGAAUCGCCUGGUGAACAUCAUGCCGUACGAGCUGACCAGAGUCUGCCUGCAGCCCAUCCGUGGGGUCGAGGGCUCCGAUUACAUCAACGCCAGCUUCAUAGAUGGCUACAGGCAGCAGAAAGCCUACAUUGCCACGCAGGGGCCCCUGGCAGAGACCACGGAGGAUUUCUGGCGCAUGCUCUGGGAGCACAACUCCACCAUCGUGGUGAUGCUGACUAAGCUCCGCGAGAUGGGCCGGGAAAAGUGCCACCAGUACUGGCCGGCGGAGCGCUCGGCCCGCUACCAGUACUUUGUGGUGGACCCUAUGGCAGAGUACAACAUGCCCCAGUACAUUCUCCGUGAGUUCAAGGUCACCGACGCCAGGGAUGGGCAGUCGCGGACCAUCCGCCAGUUCCAGUUCACGGACUGGCCCGAGCAGGGAGUGCCGAAGACCGGCGAGGGCUUCAUCGACUUCAUCGGGCAGGUGCACAAAACCAAGGAGCAGUUUGGCCAGGAUGGGCCCAUCACGGUGCACUGCAGCGCUGGGGUCGGGCGCACAGGGGUGUUCAUCACGCUCAGCAUCGUCCUGGAGCGCAUGCGCUACGAAGGGGUGGUUGACAUGUUCCAGACGGUGAAGACCUUGCGAACGCAGCGACCAGCCAUGGUGCAGACAGAGGACCAGUACCAGCUGUGCUACAGAGCAGCGCUGGAGUAUCUCGGCAGCUUUGACCACUAUGCAACGUAA